GAAUUCUAUAAUUAGUGGCAACUAAUUGAUUGAGAUAUGAGCUUCACGUUCCAAUCCUAUGGAACGUUUUUGGUUUCCACGCUUCAUGAUAAAUUCACAAUCACUUUUAUGUUUAAUAAUCUUAAUUAAAUAUAUGAAUUAAAAGAGUUUUUAAUUUUUAUCAAACAUUUUAUUGCAAAACUCAAAUAUUAGUCCUUAAUUUAGAAGAGAAGAAAAAAAAAAAUUAAAGAGAUGGCAACUCUCAAGGUUUAUGCUGAUAGGAGGUCCCAACCAACUCGAGCAAUUAUCCUUUUCUGCAAGGUUAACGGUAUUGAGUUUGAAGAAGUAGAAACAAGGCUCUUUAGCGAUGAUCUCCAAACUCCAGAAUAUCAAGCAAUCAAUCCUAUGAAGAAAGUCCCAGCAAUAGCUCAUGGAGAUUUUACACUCUUUGAGAGCCAUGCCAUACUCAUGUACCUUGCUUGCUCUUAUCAUGUACCCGAUCACUGGUAUCCAGCUGAUCUUUACAAGAGGGCUAAGCUUCAAUCCUUGUUAGAUUGGCAUCACUCCAACUUGCGCUAUGGUUCAAUGGGAUACUUGGUUAACACAAUAUUAGCGCAAUUUUUGGGAAAAUGGCCAAACCCUGGUUGUGCAGCUGAUUGUGAAAAAAAAUUGGUUGAUUCAUUUUCCACAAUUGAGAAAGUAUGGCUUAAGGACGAUGCCAAGUUCUUGCUAGGAAACGAUCAACCCUCCAUUGCCGAUCUUUCCUUAGCUUCGGAGAUUAUGCAACUUCAUAUGUUACCUGAUGAAGAAAGGAAUAGGUUGAUAGGCCCUUACAAGAAAGUUCAGCAAUGGGUUGAGAAUGUGAAAGAGGCAACUAACCCUCAUUUUGAUGAAGUUCACAAGUAUCUCUUUGAUGUUAUUGCCACUUUGAAGCAGAAGGCUUAAUUUUCAAAAGCAUAUAUUAUUUAUGUGUUAAUUUUCAAAGAAUUAAACCAUUUCUCUUAAUAUUUUGAUCACAAUUUGACUAAUUAAGGAGGUUUUCGGCCUUAAUUAUCUAUCUCAUUUUACAUUUUGAUGUUGAGUUAUUCACUUGUUGAUUCUUGCAUUUGGAGAAUUCGUAGUCUAUGCAUUUUGUACUAGUAGUGUAAUGCAAAUAUGCGUAAA